CGAGUGGACCACGCUUGGGAACAUGACCACAAAUGGUACCCUCCAUAACAUACACUACCGUCGCUCAGGAGGUAUGCAUGGAGUUCGAGCUGUGCCAGAUACAAGCUCAAACACAGAUGUGCUUAGAGCGAGGCAGAGUGAUGAUACAGCCAACAAUAAUGGAUUUAUUAUAGCCUACUAUUGGGAAGAUAACAGCAACGAAUACGAUUGGAGUAAUUGGGAUCAGGUGCAUGAUGAUGUGCCCGUCGCGAAUAGUAUUGCCAGGUUCAUCGUUAGCUCAGACUCCGCCUUAAUCUGUGCAGACCUCGAAGACAGUGAUGGAGCCAUUAACGCCGGAGUAAUGGGUACGGACAAUGAUAAUCAAGGGGAUGUUUAUACAGACACAUAUCUUCAGCAGGCUUUGGACUUCUGCGCCGCAGGGGAUGGUUUGAAGAAGCUGUGA